AUUUCAUUUCAUUCAUGGGGAAGAUUUGAGGUCGUACGGAAUGGCAAAGAAGCUACUUACUGUCGACACCGUAAACCCCCACGUCAGAAACAUGCAGGACGUGGAAAUGUCACACACAGUUAGAAGAGCCAGAGAAAUUGAGAGAGAACUCAGAAAGGGAGUCAUGAAACCAUUUACGGAAGUCAUUCGAGCUGACAUGAAUGACAUUCAAGCCAUGGGGCAGAAACCAAUUACUUUCAUCAGACAGGUUCUCACUACAUGCACAUAUCCUUUAUUACUGAAUGAUCCUUCCAUUCCCAGUGACGUGAAAAUGCGAGCCAAUCAGAUUCUUGAUGAAUGCGGAGGACGUAGUGCAGGUUCUUAUACAUAUAGUGAAGGCAUCGACUUGAUCAGACUCCACGUGGCACAAUACAUCGAGAAAAGAGAUGGAUUUCCUGCAGAAAAAGAUGAUGUCUAUCUGUCCUCCGGUUCCAUCGAGGCCUUGCGGAGUAUCCUGAACGUCCUAAACCUGCCGCAGAAUCAAAUUCCAAUCGGAAUUCUGGCGCCCGUUCCUAGAGAUCCAACUUUCACAGCACUCUUAGAUGAGCUUGGUAUUGUUCAGAUAAAUUAUUAUUUGGAGGAGGAUGAUAACUGGUCAAUAAAUACUAAAGAGCUUGCCGCAGCAUUUGAAGCAGAAAGCAGAUUUUGUAUUCCGAAAGCUAUACUGGUCAUUAAUCCAGGCAAUCCCACAGGUUCCGUUCUAUCUCGUUCAAACAUGGAGGACAUAGUGCUUUUUGCAGCUAGGAGAAAGCUGGUACUUUUGGCUGAUGAGGCCUAUCAGUUUAAUGCCUUUGCCCAAGGUUGUUAUUUUCAGUCUUUUAAGAAAACCAUGAUGCAAAUGGAUCCUCCGUACGAUGCCCUGGAGCUGGUCAGUUUCAUGUCUGGCUCAGCGGGGAUUUUGGGAGAAUGUGGCCUUCGAUGUGGUUGUUAUGAAAUGGUUAAUCUGGGAGAAGACGUCAUCAAAGUUUACAAAAAAUCUAUUUGCAUUAAAAUGUGUUCUACAGUUCUGGGCCAGAUUGCACUGGAUUGCAUGAUUUGCCCUCCCUUGCCAACAGAGCCAUCUUACCAAAAUUUUAUACAGGAAUGGACAGAUAUCAUGCAGUCCUUGAACGAGAAAGCAAUCAUCUUGAUCAACUGCUUGAACGAAAUCAGUGGUUUCGAAUGCAAUCCGCUAACAGCGGCAACUUUCGUUUUUCCCAAAAUCUAUCUCCCGCAGAAGGCGAUUGAUGAAGCUAAAACGAAAGGAGUCAGCCCAGAUACAUUUUACGCUUUAAAUCUCCUCGAAGAAACUGGCAUUUGUUCUCAGCCUGGAGCACUCUAUGGCCAACUACCUGGCACAUAUCAUUUAAGGUUCACAAUUUUACCUUCCAAGGAGAAGAUACUGAAAAUGUCUGAAAUGAUCCGUAGAUUUCAUACCUCCUUCAUUCAAAAAUACAGUUGAAAAAUACUAUCUUAUUUCAAUCAAGACAAAUAUAGGAUGAAAGAUCGUGAGAAAUUUAAGGAGAAAAUUCUUUUGGAACACCCCUGAAGUUCGAAUGAAUAGUGCGUUAUUCAAUAUUCCUGCUGUGCAAAAUGGAACGAUAUGCAUGAUUUUAAAAACUGUAUUGUUCUUUACCACUUCAGUUACCCUAUGUAAAUAAACUUGUAAAUACUGUAAUAAACAAAUUGUUGCCA